CCUGAAUCACGGUCAUUUUACAUCAUCUACAUAGUCUACAAAUCGUAACCAUAUUCCGCAGACUCAGUCAAUUGUUUUCUUAACGAAAUAAAUAUGGCCGAUCAACCUCGUCGGCGUCGGAACCGCCCCGAUAGCAAACAGAUGUGGGAUGAAUCCGACCGUCGCAACCGCAACGAGCCCAACGCGCGCGACAAACGAGACGACCGCGGCCGGGAUCGAGACGAACCACCCCGCGAACGAGAACGAGACCGCCGCUAUAGAUCCAGAUCCCGAUCUCCUCGACGAGACCGACGGGACAAGAACCGCGACCGUCGAGACAGGGACCGCAACCUUGAUAGGGGUAGACCACGUGAGAACGACGAAGCGCGGCCUAGAGCAGACGAGCGUCGCGAGAAGAAUAAGAAUAAAGGAGAUCGUCAUCGCGAUAGAGAUGAGCCUGCUCCAAAGGGUCCGGCUCGAGAUCGAAGUCCCCGACGCUCUGCAUCGCCAGCUCGAAGCCCGGCUGGGAAGGUAGAUCGCAACACGCACAACAACUCACCACUCCCAACGCGACCAAGACCCGGCGGAAAAGCUGAAUCAGGGUUGGGAUCCUCGCUUCAGUUUAAGGUUGGAGGAAAACAUGACGACGAUGCGAACCGUGGAGGGAAGAGUGCGGCGGGAGGCAAAUUCUACGAUGCCAGAGGUUCUACUGAUGAGGCUGAGGACCGAAGACGACGAACCGAGACGCCAAAUUCCGACCGCGGGGAUGCCAUGGACGAGGAUGUCGACGAAGAGGAUGUUGUUGUCGAGGAUGACGGACUAAGUGCCAUGCAAGCAAUGAUGGGAUUCGGCGGUUUCGGUACCACAAAGGGAGCCCAUAUACCAGGCAAUAAUGCCGGCGCAGUGAGGAAGGAGAAGAAGACCGAGUACCGACAGUACAUGAACCGUAUCGGUGGUUUUAAUCGCCCGCUGAGUCCAUCGCGGUAAUCGUAAUACCUACCUACUGUUUUUUUAUUGCUUUUUUUGAUACACUACGAAUCAGACUAUGGAGAAGAUGAGUUUCCUUGAAAGGGGCGUAGGGAAUACACGGACCAGAGGUUAGGUGCUCUUAAUUUGAUGAUCAUUAUAAUCCUUGUUG